AUGUCGGCCGCAAUACCCUCCGUCGCCUGCCUCGGCGUCAUCGGCCGCAAUAACAACCCCCUGCACAUCUCCAUCUUCCCAUCCUACGAUCCAACAGCCAACGCCUUCACGCCCGUCCGCAACCCCCUGCAGUUCUCCCUCCUCCUCUCCUCGACAAUCGACGUCUUCGACCUGCGAUCCAAGAACAGCACGGCGUCGGGCGACUUUGGCCUGCUGCACGCCAUCGACGACCGCCUCGCAGCGUACGGCUUCGAGACCAACACGGGCGUCCGGAUGGUCUGCAUAGUGGACAUGCGCGGACGACGCGUCGAGGCCGGAGGCAGCGCUGGCGCUGGAGGCGCAGGCGGGCCGUCACAGUCCUCUGCAUCUGCUUCUUCGUCUUCUGCGGCUGCGGCGGCGCGGGCGUCCAUGAUCCACGUGGGCGCGGGCUUGAGGGAUGCGGAGCUGAAGCCGGUGUUUAGGGCGAUGCAGAGCGCGUAUGUAGGGCUGCUGCAGAAUCCGUUUUACGACCCUGAUGAGCAUGCUCCGCUCGGGGGCAAGGGCGGGAGGAGGAUCACGAGUAAGAAGUUUGGGGAUGAUAUGAAGAGGAUAGGGGAAGGGUGGACGCCUGGGGUGACGGCUUUGUGA